AUGCGCAGUACAUUCUACAUUGUUCUUGUCGUCGCCGUCUUAGCUCGCUGCAGUGCCGUCGCAGCAUUCACGAAUGCCGAUGAAUCUCAGCUCUUGUCCAAGGUCUCUCCCGACUUCGCAGUCAACGAUAUGACCAAUACUGUUUCCCGGAAGAGAUCUCUUCGAGUCGCAGGCCCGGAAGAUGAUGACUCGACGACCGAUGAAGAAGAUCGAGGUUUUGGCAGCAUCGUUGAUGUCAUCAAUGCCGCCGAAGCCAUACAGAAGUUAUCGAAAGCCUCCGUCAAAAAAGUGAAACAGGCCGGCAGUGCUGUCAAAGAACUUACUGAAAAAGAGAAAGAGGCCUUGAAAGCCCUGAAGGAUGGCAAGAAAAGGUGUCACAAAGAUUCAGUGGGGACUAUUAGGGGAUUGAUGAUCCUUUUGAUGUUUAUUGAGCAAGGUAAACUAGAAAUUGGAGAUCGAUUUAAGUUUACGGUCAAUAAAAAAGUGAAUUUGCAAUUUAAAACUUCUCCCCUUUUGAUACAACUCAUUUCUUCAAAACUACGCCUCACGUAG